GCCGCUAUCUCGCGGAUCAACUCUGUGAGGCCGAUCAUGAUGGUUUGUUUGGGAGUGCGAUUCGUUUGGAUGCACAUGUUCGACUUUCCCACAAAGAAAGCCGGUCCGCCGGUAUCGAGAGCCCCGCAAUUGAUGACGCCUCGGCUCUCUUGAGCAUCCAUUGAAUUUAUAUACUUCAUAGCUACUGUGCAUCGUCUCAAAACAGCAUCUGUCAGUCUAUAUCUGUUCGAAACACUUCUCGCCAUGUUUACUCUCAUCAGUGCUACACCUUCUCCUUAUGCUCGCAAGGUCCGCAUUGCACUGGCCGAAAAAAAGCUGCCAUUCACUCUUCAAACCGAGGUUCCAUGGGACAGCACAACCCAAACAAAACAGUACAACCCACUCGAGAAGCUUCCCGUCUUGAUCCUUGAAGACGGAAAGUCGGCAGUAUACGAGUCCAGCUACAUACUCGAAUGGAUCGAAGCAAAGUACCCAGAUCCUCCCCUUCUUCCUGGCCCUGACGACAUCGACGCAAGAUUGUUUGCAAAGAAGAUACAAGUCGUGGCAGAUGGCAUUUGCGACGCGCUUGUGAUUGCCUUUUUUGAAAAGAUGAGAGACCCCGAAAAGCAGUCACAACCAUGGAUUGAUAGACAAAUGAGAAAAGUGGAAGGUGGACUAAAGGCAUUGGGAGAAUGGGCAGAACAGAGACAGAGCGACUAUCUUGUUGGGGACAAGCUUGGCUUGGCUGAUAUCGCUGUAGGGUCUGUCUGUGGAUAUCUGGCAUGUAGAUGGCCAGAUCAUGGUUGGAGGGACACGUACCCUGCUCUGAAAAAGCAUUGGCAAAUGCUAGAAGAGAUUCCCAGUUUCAAAGAGACAAGACCAAGUCCGCAAACGAUGAAGGAUAAAGUGGUUUGAUCUUUUUGACAUGCUAUAUGU